AUGCCGAGCUAUGAGCCUACCUACUCCUUUCCGCCCGUUCCUCCUCAGUCUCCCCUUCCACCAAGGCCUCCCGUUACACCAGAUGCACCUACGUCUUCCGUUCCGCUUAGCUACGCGAAUAAUGAAUUACCCUCUCGUGUCGAUAGCGAUAAUCGCACAUGCAUCCACCACGAUUGUUUCAGACGGUGGCUCGACGAGAACGAAGACUCUCCCUCCAAUAAGAAUGUUGAAUCUUACCUCGGCGACGAGUUGUCGUAUGUGUACUCCUCGGAGGAGAGCAGCUCGUGCUCCGGCAAGGAGGAAGAGGAAUGGAACUCCUCUGACGAGCUGGACUGGGAAGGGUUCCAGGACUUCUCCGCCCCCUUGUCCAAUGAGUAUACCAUUGAGACUACGACGGGGAAUGGGUACACGACAAACGAGACCUUCGAGGAUAAUGAGAACCAGGAAGAAAGCCAAAGGUUGACCGACAGCACCAAUGGCCGCAUAAACACGUCUAACGUAAGUAGGGAGUGCACCCCGUCUCAAGAGGAUGGCCAUGGUGAUGUGGUGUUCCUCUAUGCCAUUGAGAAUUGUGAUAUUGACCACGUCGGUCGACAAGGCAACACCAAUGGUCAAACGACGACGCGUCCCUCUGGCGCAUGCAAGCGCAAAUUGGAAGCAGAAGAAUCUGUAGAGGAACAUGAAGACAGUGACAGCAACAACGAGAUCCUGUGGGCGACUAAGCGGGCAUGCAUUGCCCAAACGCCCCAAGAGGAGGCCGACGGGGAUGAGGGUCGUCUUCUCGAGCCGAGUUUACAAGAUCCUGUGAAGUUCUUGGCCGGCACGAUCGACCACUCCGGCAACGGCUCUGUUCGCAACGAUGACAUGCCGAUUAUAAACAGAAGUGACCAGCAGAAUAGUGAGCAGCUAGAUUACCAGCUCGAGCUGAUCUUUAAGCUUUCUCAAAUGGGGCCAGCGAUUGCCAGCUCCGAUGCUCCCAUCUACGAUAGCAUCUACGCCGCCAUUUGGGGCAUGGCGGUGGCAGCUUUACAAGCAGCCGCCAGCGAGGGACUUCUGGACCGAUUAGAGUGGUGGCGCUCGCAGGGAAAGGAGAAGGUUGAGGGCCGUGGUCCUGCGAGGGCGAAUGGAGAGGAUGGCGGCCUGGAGGUUCCCGUUGCGAAACCUACUGGCGAGGACCUUGGGGACAUCUAUUCAAGUUCGGGUUAA